AGCACAGCUGGGCUGGCGAGAUGUCAAUUUUUUAACAAACUUCUAAAAUAAUGCAAAUUUUAUAAAUUAAUUCCUUGUUAAUUAUAUUCGCGCGUGAUGCGGCUGUGUGCGUUUCUGUUAUUGUCGCUGGCUCUGGGCGCCGCGGCCUGGGACGAUGGCGAUUUGGAAGUGUUCGACGUGGUCGAAGAAGUGAAUCAGAAUUUCUACGAGUUGCUCGGAGUUACACAGGAAGCUACACCAUCAGAAAUCAAGUCAGCGUUCAAGAAGCUGACUCUCAAACUACACCCAGACAAGAAUGAUGCCCCGGACGCAGAUGUCCAGUUCAGGAACCUGGUGUCCGUACACAACAUACUCAAGGACCCUGGAAAGAGAGAAAAGUACAACGAGGUCCUCAAGAAUGGUUUGCCAAACUGGCGUUCAGCAAUAUACUAUUACCGCCACGUCCGUAAGAUGGGUCUGGCCGAGGGCUCAUUUAUCCUGUUCGUCAUCAUCACCUUUGGGCAGUAUGCUGUUGGCUGGGCGGCUUAUGCUGAGAAAAGAUUCACUGCGGAGCAAAUCCUAAACAGCAGAGGCAAGAAGCACUCAAAGAAAUCCGGUUUUGACACCGGCCUGGCCGAGAUCCUGGACCAGCUGCCCAAACCCAGCAUCAAGGACACCCUGCCCUUCCAAAUACCGAGGCUGAUCUGGUGGAGCAUAGUGGGUAUACCACGAGGGAUCAUGGAGUUGAGAAGGCAGAUGAAAGAGCGGGAGGAAGAAGCUAGGAGGCAGAUGAAGAGGGAAGAAGAAGAAAAAGCGAGAGCGGAGCGCGACGCGGCCGCCAUGGAGGAGGCCAAAGCUAAGGGCGCGCGCAAACGGCGCGGCUUCGUGCCUCCAGAACGAGAGUGUCUUCUAGACCCCGUGGCGGCUGAGGAUGACACCCCUGCGCCGGAACCCGUUAAGGCGCCAGUGAUAACCGGCGGUCUCUGGACGGACGACGACCUCGCCGAGCUCAUAAGAUUAGUAAAGAAGCACCCCGGGGGCUCCGCGGCACGCUGGGAGAGCAUCGCGGACGCCAUGGGGCGCUCCGUGCCCGAGGUGACGCACAUGGCGGCCAAGCUCAAGGACAACUGCUACAAGAUACCGGGCCAGGAGCCCGAGCCGCUGCCGGUCGAAGUGCCCAAGAAGGUGAAGACUCGGAAAACAGAAGAAGUGAGCAGCGGGAACUGGUCGCAGCAACAGCAGAAGGCGUUGGAAGCAGCUCUGGCCAAGCAUCCCAAAGGCGGCGCUGGCGACCGCUGGCAGAAGAUCGCGGCCGCCGUGCCUGGCAAGACCAAGGAGGAAUGUAUGCAGAGGUGUAAAUAUCUAUCAGAAACUUUAAGAAAGCAGAAACAGAAAGAAGAAGAAGAUAGACUAAGAGAAGAGAACGGAGAGCAGAGCGACACGGAGGGACAGAACGAGGAGUCAUAACGAAUUAGGUUUUGGAAAUUGAUCUCUUUACCAUUGACUUAAGUGUCAUUAUGGUGCGGCAGGAUUGUAAUCCAAUUAUAGGACAGCAAUAAUAGUUUGUUGGAUUAUUAAUUGCCGAUGUAUUAUUUUAGGUACUCGCAAGAAUUACUACAUAAAACAAAACCACGUGGCUUAUUUGAAUAAUGCCUCAUCGGCAUACAAAAUCGUCUCAAGGUUUGGCAUACUAUUAACCUAAUAUUUUUCAGUCUUGUAGUAAUAUUAACCUAAUAUUCUUUUUUUUGCCACUGUAUGUACUACUUAUAUUUGCAAACAAAACAUCUUGAAUUUGCUUAUUCAAUAAAAAAAAUAGCAUAGAUUAAAAACUAUUAUAGAUUCAGUAAAUCAUAACUUUUAAGAAGACAUUUUUGUGUCAAUGAAGUCAUACGGUUUUGUUGGUAUACGUACUAUUGAAUAGGUACCUAAAAUAACAAACCAUGGUAGAGUUAGACCAAGUCUGCAAUGAUUUUAAUAACACACGCAGUGCAAGUGUUAUAUUUUAUAGGGUAAGGUGUUGGCAAAUAUCAUUUUUUCGUUUGACGUUUAAUAUAACACACGUGUGCUAUCAAAAUCGUUGCAGACUUAUCUUGGUCUAACUCUAUCGUCUUUAUCGCACUUAAAAAAUGACGAUUACUUUACGUCACGUCCUGAUCUUGUAAAUAGUACUGUAUCCAACUGUAUGUCUGUAUACUUUUAAGUUUUUUACGGUUUGACAUUUACCGGGUGUGGCCCCUGUAACACGAGCAAAUAAUUAAAACAUAGAUUGUACUCCUCAAACGGUGACACUUUUGUUCAACAACUUUAAAAAAUUAUGAAGUAGUUAAACUUCCUAUUUUUCAUACAAACUAAAUAUUAUCUUCAAUGGAGGCCAUCGCCAUGCCAUAUCAUUUGUGAUUGACGUUGCUUGUCAUGCCUUAAAACAUAACAAAAUCGCAAUACAUUGCGCCUUAGAAUAAACUUAAAAGUGUAUUAGAAAUCAAAACCACAAGUUAUUUUUAAAAGUUGCUGAACAAAUGUUGGUCAGUAUAAGGAGUACAGCCUACAGUUAAAUUUUUUGCUCGUAUUACAGGUCCACACCCGGUAUAUCAAUAACCCGCCCAGGGUUCGCGCGGGUUACACAAAACUUUAACAAAUUUUAAACCUAAACCUUCCUCAGGACUCUAUUGAUAGGUGAAAACCGCAUGAAAAUCCGUUCAGUAGUUUUUGAGUUUACCGCGAACAUACAUAUACACAAACAGACAGACGCGGCGGUGGACUUUGUUUUAUAAGGUGGAGUGAUUUGACUGUGAACUUUAGCCUCCUACUUAUUUAAAAUACGUACAAAUGACCACGUGAACUAAAUCUUGUUUUAAUAUUCCAGCAUUGCUGAUUUUAAGAAGUAAAUGUGAUUCCAUUUAGUUAUGCUAUGCCAAAUUAAAUAUAAAUAAAAUAGUCUAUAAAAUUGAAUUUCCUGUCAUUUAUACAGUAAAUAACAUUCGUCAAAAUUGAAUGGAUUUGAUAUGUUUAAACAUGUAGACAGUGUUAAAGAUUACUUAUUACAAAUAGCAUUUUGGCACUACUUUGAAAAAAAAAGCUGUUAUCUUGUUCUGUCAGUCAAAAGAAAAAUGUGGUAGGUAUGUAUGGGAUGCAUACAGAGUUAGGUACUGCCUUUGAGAUACGAGAUUUUUUUCAAAGUAGGCACAUUUGUUUUUAAAAGCGUAGAAGAUUAUUUAUGACGUUUGUCUUUUAUUUUUUGUUAUAAUUAUCUGCUCGUGUCUCUCUAUAUUUAUACCACUACGUCCACUACGUCCUACACAAUAGUCUCAAAUUUCAAAUCGUCGGGUGACAAGCAAAAGUCACUAAGUACUAUCAAAAAAUUAAAGUAACAAUGCACUUUAUUACACUUGUAACACGGUUUAUUGUCUAAUAAUUUCAAUGGUGUUAGUUAGUGACUUUUGCUUGUCACCCGACGAAAUGUACGCGUAAAGUUUUUUCGAAUAUGGCUGUUGUGAAAUUUAUAAACAUUUUAGUGUUGAAGAAUUUACAAUUUUUGCGAGAAUAUCAAAUUCUAUAUACAUGUAAACCGAAGACUACGUACAGCGUUCAAAAGUGCAUGGAUAGAUGUCGACCGUAAUGCCUUUAUAUUACGGUUGAAACAUUUCCAUGCACUUUCGAACGCCAGUGUACAUGAACUUUAAACUUUUCGACGCCAACGACGGAUAUAUCCGAACCGCUCGUCCAACGCCAAAGACGGAUUAAUCCGUCACAGACCACAGAACAAUAUAGACCUACGUGCAUAUGCAUAAAGUUCAAUUUCAGUUUCGACACUUCGGUGUCGUGGCGUCCGAGUGACAGCUUUUGUGUUUGACACGGCGUCGCAAAGGUUAAAACAGUCUAGGUAUUUUUAGUUUAGUCUAUAUUUUCUGCCUAAAGGAUGAUAUUUGUUCUUAUCAGUCACAUUCAUAUUUGAGUUUGUUAGAAAAAAAUGACGGAUACAUGCUCUAUGAAAAAGGGUCUAUAACUUUUGAAUAUAUGUCUUCCAAGUUAAAGAAGAGAUUUUGUUUCUUUGCUACAAUAUUCUUAUUGCGUUAUAUGAAGUUAGUGAAUUCUUCUAUAGUAAAAUGUUCAUCAAAUCAUCAUAUUUAGGUCAUGACUUAUGGACUAUUUUUUACUUUACAAUUACAUUAUAGUUUAUGGCCUACAUUUCUUUACUUCAGCCCAAUAAACAAAUCUAAACGCUCUUUUCUGUUGAUGCAAUUGAAACCAAUUAAUUUAAAAAUAAAUGUUUUAUUUACAAAAAUACAUGUGAUCAAUAUCUGUCUCUUAAAUACAAAUUGUUAUUAAAA